AAAGAAGAACAAAAACCUCAACAGCCACAGUGGUUUCCCUUUAGUGGGAUCACUGAGCUGGUAAAUAACGUUCUUCAGCCACAACAAAAACAACAAAAUGAGAAGGAAUCCCAGGCGAAAUUGCACCAGCAGUUCGAAAUGUAUAAGGACCAGGUAAAGAAGAUGGGUGAUGAAGCACAGCAACAACAGGAACAGAAGAGUGAUGCACCCACCUGUGGAAUCUGUCACAAAACCAAGUUUGCCGAUGGCUGUGGUCACAUCUGUUCAUACUGCCAAACAAAAUUCUGUGCUCGUUGUGGAGGACGGGUGUCACUGCGAUCCAAUAAGGAGGACAAAGUGGUGAUGUGGGUAUGUAACUUGUGCCGAAAGCAGCAGGAAAUCCUCACUAAAUCAGGGGCCUGGUUCUAUAGCAGUGGCCCAAACACGCCACAGGAGGCUGACCCGGCUGAGACCACAGCAGGAGUGUCCCACAGAAAUGAAGAAGCACCAGAGGAAAAGAAAGCAAAACUCCAGGAGCAUUCCCAGUUCCAAGGUCCAUUAUCCUCAGGGGACGUUUCCACACCAGCGUCAGACAAAAACAGACCUCAAGGGCUCAUGCGACAAGAUUCAAUCAAAAAUGGUUCAGGGGUGAAGCAGCAUUCAAUUCAGGCCACCAGUGAGAUAACCACAGACAGGAAAAGGAGCCCGUCGACAUCCAGGGAACACAAUCGAAAAUACGACCAGAGGGAGGAGAGAGUAGAUUCAUCACAGUAUGCACUUUUGGAAAGUGCAAUGCAACGAUCUCCUACAGAAUAUGCAGACCGUGACAAACGAUCCCUGCGUGGGUCACGGAUUUAUGAUGAUUCUGAACAUAUUGAGCACAGAGAAAGUAGGGACGCUGGUCGUAGAAGUCGAAGAAGGUCUCAAGAGUUCAGAGAUUUUGUAGAUGAGGAUAUUGAUGUACAAACUAGGGAUGAAUAUGAAAGACAAAGGCGAGAGGAGGAGUACCAAACUCGUUAUCGCAGUGAUCCAAAUUUGGCUCGUUACCCGGUCAAACCUCAACCGUAUGAGGAGCAAAUGCGGAUGCAUGCUGAGGUAUCUAGGGCACGUCACGAACGAAGACAUAGUGAUGUGUCGUUGGCUUAUACAGAGAUGGAUGAUGCACAAGUCUCAAUGCAUAGAAUGGAAAGGCAGUCGAGACAACGCUCUGCGUGUGACCGCAGAGUUCCUGUGCAAAAUCAACGUUCUUAUUCUAUGGAAAGAACUCAAGACAUGCAAGGGUCAAGUUCUGGCUGGCAAAGGACCCCAAAUCACAGUCCACCGACACCUCGGCGAAGUCCGAUUCCAUUUGAUAGGGGUGACAUACGUCGUUCAGAUUCAUUGCGGAAACAACAUCAUUUGGAUCCAAGUUCUGCUGUUAAGAAAACAAAACGGGAAAAGAUGGAAACCAUGCUACGAAAUGACUCGCUCAGCUCAGACCAGUCUGAAUCGGUAAGGCCACCACCACCCAAACCACACAAAACAAAGAAAGGAGGUAAAACGCGUCAAGUCUCAUUGAGUAGCUCAGAGGAAGAACUUGCAUCUACUCCAGAAUACACCAGCUGUGAUGAUGUAGAGAUUGAGAGCGAAAGUGUCAGUGAAAAAGGGAACAGUCAAAGGGGAAAAAGAAAAACUAGUGAGCAGGCAGUAUUGUCGGACUCUAACACCUUGUCUGAGAGGCAAAAGAAAAUGGUGCGAUUUGGCGGCCACUCAUUGGAAGAGGACUUGGAAUGGUCUGAGCCUCAGAUUAAAGACUCUGGGGUAGAUACGUGCAGUAGCACAACACUAAACGAGGAACAUAGCCAUAGCGAGAAGCAUCCAGUGACCUGGCAACCAUCCAAAGAUGGAGAGCGACUAAUUGGUCGAAUAUUGUUAAAUAAACGACUAAAAGAUGGCACUGUGCCUAGAGAUUCUGGAGCACUGUUGGGUCUGAAGGUUGUAGGUGGAAAGAUGACUGAAUUUGGCAGACUAUGUGCAUUCAUUACCAAGGUGAAGAAGGGCAGUUUAGCAGACAUUGUGGGGCAUCUUAGACCAGGUGAUGAAGUACUUGAAUGGAAUGGUCGGUCAUUACAAGGAGCCACAUUUGAGGAGGUGUAUAACAUCAUCUUUGAAUCUAAACCUGAGCCACAAGUUGAACUUCUAGUUUCCAGGCCUAUUGGGGAUAUUCCACGGAUACCAGACAGCACACAUGGACAGCUGGAGUCAAGUUCUAGCUCAUUUGAGUCUCAGAAGAUGGAACGCACCUCCAUUUCUGUCACGUCCCCCAUGAGUCCUGGAAUGUUGCGUGAUGCUCCACAAUUCCUGCCUGGACAGCUUUCAAGCCAAAGCCUUAGUAGAAGAACAGCGCCUUUUGUUCCUAGGGUUCAGAUCAAACUCUGGUAUGACAAAGUUGGCCACCAGCUUAUAGUUACAAUAUUGGGAGCGAAAGAUCUUCCUUUCAGGGAAGAAGGAAGACCAAGAAACCCCUAUGUGAAAAUCUACUUCCUUCCUGACCGAAGUGACAAAAGCAAACGAAGAACGAAAACAGCGAAGAAAACACUUGAACCAAAGUGGAACCAGACAUUCAUUUAUUCUCCAGUUCAUCGGAGAGAAUUUCGAGAACGUAUGUUAGAAAUCACGCUGUGGGACCAAGCUCGAGUCCGGGAGGAAGAGAGUGAAUUUUUAGGAGAGAUUCUCAUAGAAUUGGAAACUGCUCUUUUGGAUGAUGAACCACACUGGUAUAAACUCCAGACGCACGACGUUUCAUCAAUGCCACUUCCUCAACCUUCACCAUAUUUGCCACGCAGACACCCACAUGGUGAAAGCCCAACAAGAAGGUUACAAAAUACAGGUCCAUAUGCAUUAAAUCCAGGAUCUCAGCGCAUCAGUGAUAGUGAAGUCUCUGACUAUGACUGUGAUGAUGGAAUUGGGGUCGUUUCUUCAGAUUAUAGACACAAUGGGAGAGAUAUUCAGAGUUCAACAUUAUCUGUUCCAGAGCAAGUAAUGUCAUCAAACCAUUGUUCACAAUCAGGCUCACCACUUCGUGGGGACAGUAUGGGCAGGGCGCGUUCCCGAUCCCCCAGUGUUCCUCCUCAGCAAAGAAGCUCAGAGCUGGGUCUUAGAAGCAGUCGCUGUUCUCAACAGUACAACACCAUCAGCCGAAUGGAUAGACACAGGAUGCUAGAUGACCACUAUUCUCCAGAAAGGGAAAGUCAGUAUCUUACACUACCUCGGUCCAGACACAGUCAUGCCAUCGAUCAUCAUCACAAGGAUUUCAGCAGCACGUACCAUAUAGUUUAUCCUCUCUAUCGGGAAGAUGCAAUAAGGUUACUUCGUUCCCAAAAGAUGAACCGCACAUACUCUGAGGGUGCUUACAAUAUUCUUGAGAGGAGGAUUAGGCAACAGAGGAGAGUACCCAGUGUUUGCUUUGAUGGUGGCACUGCCCAUCAUCCAGACAGAUGGUACAAUGGUGGAAGUCACAGUGCAUGGUCUAAUCAUUCUAUAGUCAAUGGAACAUCAGAGCACUAUAGCCAGGUUUCUUUAGCAAACAGAAGAGCAGCUUGCCCAAGGAUAGAAAUCCAGCAACCAUCCACUGAUACUGACAGGAGUGAGACAGUGGAAAUGGUGCCAGACCAUGAAUCCCAUUCAGAAGCUGAACAGAUUGAGCCAACUGAGGAAAUAAGGAAUCGUGAGGCACCUGAUAGACAGGAAUAUCAAAGAUCCAGACCAUCAGAGCAACGACCUGUACUCGAGCGGAUGAACUCCCGCUCCAGAUCCUCAGAACGUGCCGAAACAAACGUCAUGCGAUCGAUGCCAUCAUUAACAUCGGGAAGAUCUGCCCCUCCCUCACCUGCACUAACGAGGUCACAUCUUCGUGGUGGAUCAGUCCAGACAAGCCCAACCAGCACACCAAUGGCAGGACGUAGAGGCCGGCAGCUCCCACAGCUUCCUUCAAAGGGAUCCCUGGAAAGAAACAAUGGAGAAGAAGGAAUUGAGCUUUAUGAAGAAGAAGAUCAUGAAAAUACUCUGGAACAGUGGUCAGAGGUGGAGGAAGAUGCUGUGCAGAAAACUCAUUUUACACCUGAUAACGGGAGGAAAGAAGAACUGGAAUCACCCAAAAGGAGGAACUCAGAGGAAAAUGAUGCCGAAGCAGAGAUCUGGGAAUCAGGUACAAUGGAUGUGGAAGAGAGGACUCGCCAAAUGAAAAUGAAAAUGAGCAAGUACAAACAGGUUGCAACGUCAGAUUCAAGGUUGGAACAGGAGUACCAUUCCAAGCAUCGGCUGGGACGGGACUCUCAGCGAGGGUCAGACAAUAUCUCCAACAAAUCAUCAGACAGUGAUGUAAGUGAUGUGUCUGCUGUGUCAAGGACAAGCAGCGCUUCUCGAAUGAGCAGCACAAGUUACAUGUCUGUGCAAUCUGAGCAUCCUCGAACAACCAGGAAAAUCAGGAGGUCAAAAGCAUUGGAAGAAAAAAAGGAGGGAGGGGAAGAAGGGGAGGAGGAAGAGGCAGAGUUGGAGGCAGAGGUAGAGGAAGGGCAGGGGGAAAAGGAAGAAGGAAAGGAAAAAGAAAGGGAAGAAAUAAUCCAAAGUGAAGAAAAAGAGGUAAAUAAGGAAGUUGGGGAAGAAGAUAAAUCAAAAGAAGAAGAAUGUGAUCAAGAGGAAUGUGAGGAAGAAGAAUAUGAGGAAGAGAAAUGUGAUCGAGAGGAAUGUGAGGAAGCAGAAUGUGAUCAAGAGGAAUGUGAGGAAGAGGAAUUUGAGGAAGAGACAGGGGCAAGACAAAGAAAAAAUGAGGAUUUACAAAGGAGAUACUCUGAAAAUGAUGUCAGCAAACAGAUGGGAACUUCUGGAAAGAAUAUGACGAAAAGCACCAGUGUGAUCGGAGAUAUGUACAGCCUGGAGAAAAAUGAUGGCAGCCAGUCUGACACUGCUGUGGGCACUGUUGUCACGGGUGGAAAGAAGCGACGACCCAGCAUUGGCGCCAAAAUGGUCGCUAUCGUAGGUCUCUCAAGACGUAGCCGUAGCACUUCACAGCUAAGCCAAACAGAGGCUGGAGGGAAAAAGCUACGCAGCACCAUCCAGCGCAGCACAGAAACAGGAUUGGCAGUUGAAAUGCGAAAUCGAAUGACCCGGCAACCAAGUCGUGAGUCUACUGAUGGGAGCAUGAACAGCUACAGUUCAGAGGGAAACCUCAUCUUUCCUGGUGUACGAUUGGCAUCAGAUAGCCAAUUCAGCGAUUUUUUGGAUGGCCUUGGCCCAGCCCAAAUGGUUGGACGUCAGACAUUAGCAACACCAUCCAUGGGUGACAUCCAGAUUGGCAUGAUGGAUAAGAAAGGACAACUCGAAGUAGAGGUGAUUCGAGCCCGAGGUCUAGUAGGAAAACCUGGCUCCAAAGCUUUACCUGCACCAUAUGUUAAAGUUUAUCUGCUGGAAAAUGGCAUCUGUAUAGCCAAAAAGAAAACUAAAGUGGCAAGAAAAACACUGGAUCCUUUGUAUCAGCAACAGUUGCCAUUUGAAGAUAGCCCCCAAGGAAAGGUUCUGCAGAUAAUUGUAUGGGGUGAUUAUGGACGAAUGGAUCACAAAUCCUUCAUGGGAGUUGCACAGAUCCUAUUAGAAGAGUUGGACCUGUCCAAUAUGGUGAUCGGCUGGUACAAACUGUUUCCCACUUCCUCACUAGUCGAUCCAACCUUGGCUCCCCUGACGAGAAGAGCUUCCCAGUCCUCUCUUGAGAGUUCAUCCGGACCUUCUUACGCUCGUUCAUAGCAGUUGUGAAAGUGUUGCUGUUGCAACCAGUGUUCAGCUCACAGAUCGUCACCCUGGUCACACUGCAUGCUUGAUGUUGUGUCUUCUGAGCCUGUUCCUAGGGAUUAAAAAUGGUCCUGUGUUCUCAGAGGAAAUUGCACACAUUGUGCCCUGAGAAGGUCCUUAGGGAAGGAGGUGCAGUUUUGCUGAACUUAUAUGGUUGCUGGAAUUAAAUGACAAUUUUUUUUGUCCAAUCAGAAGCCAUGAAUAUAAAAAUAAAUAAAUAAGAACCUUUCAAUUCACACAACAGAAGCCCUUAUUUUUCAAUGAACCAUUUUUUUUUGUUGUUCUUUAUCCCUGUUGAUUCAUCUGCUACUCCGACCCCACCGGCUUGGCUCCUAAAGUGACAGCCAAAGAUUUCAUGAAGGCUGAUGGGCUGUUAGUUCUGAGAGACAUCAUGGGCAUAUGAUUGUGAUGAGUUGAAAGUAGAGUACACUAAUGACCAGAAAAUCACCAGGCGGGGCAAAAUGAGGAGUCAGCUGCACAAAACUGCAGCACAAGAGAUUUAAUUUUUUUUUCUAAAAAAAUGCAAAGUAUAAAAUGGUACUGGCAUUCAGAAUCAACUUGGAAGCUCCAGAAAGAUACCACAGUGAUUCACAAAGGGAGAGGUCUCGUGACUUGAUAUUGUUGUUUCUCUGCUGAUAUACUGUAUGAAAUUUAAAAGAAAAGAAUUUGCAUGGAUACAAAUUUAGCUGAACUUAAAUGAAAAGUACAACAUGUAAAAUUAUUUUCUUGAGGCUGAAACUUGCAAAAAAAAACAGCCAUUUUCAACAAUUUAUAUUAUUUUUUAACAAUGUUUCACCAGUGCAUGGUUUUAUGGGGGAGUGAAUGCAACAGUGUGAUACAAUGACACCGUGUUUCCCAUAUUCAGAGUAAAUCAUUUAUGAGUCUGUCUUUUGCGGACAAUGAUUAUUUAGGAAGGGCUGGCCUUACUGAAUAAAAGUAAUUUCAAAGUGAUGAAAAGGAAAUGUCGUCUUGUGGACAAAAACAUAAAUUAAAAUUAUGACACAGACCUUCAAAGUCCGACAUUAUUCAAAGAUUACACAUGCUGUUUUGUCCCUUUUACUGGGUAAUUUAUUGUAUGCUCUGAGUACGACCUCGUGUCUCUCGCCAUUCAAGCCCCUCAUCUGGGUUAAAGGUUGCAGAGCGAUACUGCAUUUUGAUUCUUUGGGUAAAAUAUGCCAUUUUAACAACAAAAGAAAUGAUAUGAUUUGCAAGCAUGUUGAAAGAAUUUUUGCAACAUGGCUUGGGCACACUGCAAUAAUUCAGCAUGCAUUUGACAAAAGAAAUUGCAGCAUCCUUUUAUUGUACAGUGCAUGACGACAUAGAACUUAUUUACAUUUUCUCAUCUUAAAUUGAAUUCUACAGCAAAUAAAAGAAUUGUCUGGCCGUUGUUCAGAAAAAAAACUUCAGUAACAUAAGCUAAUUUCUAGCCGCAUUCAAUGUGUACAUACCGUAGGAAUAAGACUUUUUUCUCUGAAAUUAUAUAGCAUUGAUAUUGACAGAGGACAAAUCAAGUAACACGGUAUUCUAAUUGAGAAUUGUUUUACAAUUAUAUAAUAAGUCUUCUUGACCAGCCAGGUGUAGAUAUCAUCCAGUCAGAUAAUUAGUUUUGCAUGUCUGAAUUCCUGAAGUCCUUUAGACAGGGUUACUAAAGGUCAAACUGUUUUGCUGUAAAGUUCAAUUUUCACACAUAUAUUUGUGCAGUUUAAUGAGGACUUUUAACAUGGACUGAUGUUCACUUGCUAGAUUAUGCUAAAAAUUGGCCAUUGAAAAUCACCUGUUACGUACCUGUCAUUCUGGGGUUCGAAGUUGAACUCUACACUAAUGAAUUAGUUUACAACCAUGCUGUGACACCCUCCCCUGAUCUCACUUCCAAAUUGAAAGAGGCUAGUUUUUCUUUAAAGUGCUCUGUAGAACAUGCGAUUUGUGUGGAUGGAGGUGGCAAAGAUGCAGAGUUGCCACAAUCUUUUUGUUAUUGGAAAGGAGGCUGGUGGAGCACAUAAAGGCUCGUCAAUGAGUAUGCUUGAAUACCAUUUAAAAGGAAAAUUUAAAUAUGCCUUUUUAAAUUUUCUAUUUGUGGUGCGAUUUUGUUUAAGCCAAGAGUAAUUCUUGGGUCUUUUGUUCAUGACAUAAAGUAUUGUAGUUGAGGUAUUGAAUGUCAAGCCAUCUAUUAAAAGAAACAGGAGAUUCCUAUGUAUCACCAAAAUAACACUAAUGUCUUGGAAUUAGAGCUGGCAGUUGCCUUUGGCUAUUGGUGCCAGCUUUACACAUUGCUAUGAGCAGCCACAAGUCUGGACCUACAACAAUUAUGACAAAAAAAAUUUACUCUUUUUAAAAGAAAACAAAAUUCCAAAUUACACAAUUAUUUCAUACACAUUGUGACAGCAACUGAAUUUAUCAUUAUUUGAUUAUUUUCUGCAUAUUAUCCCUGUUUAAAAUAAUCUUUUGGAAAUAUUAGCAAGAAGGAUACUAAAGUAUGAAAGAUUUGUACAUACUUAUCAUUAUGCAGUAUUUAUUUGAAAUUUAAUUUUUUUUAAAAAAAUAUAUUUUUCACAUUAUGUCUGCAACUCUGUUUAUGAUUUAAUCAUGUCAGUGGCACUAUUCCAGUAAAACACAGCUGUCUUGUACAUAGAUUUUAAGUCAAGGGACACUGCUGUUAGGUUACUGGACAACUGGCCUUUAUGUGACAACAAUUAAUGUAAAACAAACUCAUUUCUGGUGAUGGUAUUUAACAUGGCUACAUUAUUAAUAAAAACAUUUUCUUUACA